GAGAGAGAGAGAGAGAGAGAGAAAUAGCUAGUAUAAGCCACCGCCACAAACGACUACGCAGGGCGAUCCUCUCUAUACGCACUCGCGCGCGUGUGUUGGUAUUUGGUAAUAAUCUGUGAUAGGCAGGCAGUGUACGUACGCACACGUGUACUUACAUACACACACAGGAUACAUACACACACAGGAACUUAGGAAGAGACUGCUACACAGCAGUUGUCGGUGUUUUGCUGUGAUUUGAUAGCCUCGCUGUAGUUAUCACUACAGACUCACACUCGGGCGCACGUCAUCAUGAAUGGUCUACGACUUGGCGGUCGUCUGCUCAGACACGCUCAACAGACGAGCAAAUACACAGGUAGACGCCUCCUCUCCACCAGCGGCCGUAACGCUGCAGCCUUCGCUGUUGCACGCCCCCUGGUGUUAGGAGCCAUAACCGCGGCCGGGGUUUACGGUCUCUACCGUGAGGUCGGAGGCAGUGAUGGACUCCUACAGACGGUGCAGGCUGCCGCUAAGGCUGGCGGAACCCCGCAACCCAAUGUCUACUCUCAGACAAAAGAUCAUGCUGUCUACAUCUGGAUCCAUCUAAAUCCCGAUGCCGAUUUCAAAGCAUGUGCAAAGGCAGCAGCGAACCUGCAGCAGGAUGUUGAGGCAGUCUCGCCGGCGGCAGACAGCGACGAAGACGACGAGAUAUGGGCCGGUGUCGGGUUCGGACCCAAGUUUUACUCACAGGUUUGGGGAAAGGCGAAGAAGUCCUUUACAUACCCUCACAGGAAGGGAGCGCACGGGGACCUGCCAAGCACCGGUGGCGACAUUUUCAUUCACGCGAAGAGCAACAGUGUGAGCAAACUGUACGAGCUGACAAAGCGCGUCAUCGACCAGAUGCCGCGCGCCGCCGUCCGCGAUUGGUCGGACACCUACAGCUUUGUGUUUCGCAACGGACGAGAUCUAUCCGGAUUCAUAGAUGGAACAGAGAACCGAGCCGAUGAGGAUGAGAGGUUUGAGGUAGCCGUCAAUAAAGAAACGGGUGGAAGCUACUGUAUCACUCAAAGAUGGAUCCACAAAUUUGAUGACAUAAAAAAAGAGAAAGACGCCACACUGUCGAAGUUUGUUGGCCGCAGCAUGGAUGAUAGCGUGGAGCUACCCGUCAAACCAGCUUCCUCCCACGUCGCGCGCAUGACCGGAGGCCACGCGUUCGAUCAUCCAAAGAAGUUCGAGAUCGUGCGACAGUCGAUGCCGUACGGCACGGUGAGCGGAGAAUCCGGUCUCUUCUUCAUCGGCUUUGCCGCCGCUCCGGAGAACUUUGAGUUCAUGCUGGAGCGCAUGGUGGGCGGCGGCGGCGGUGGCGAUCGCGUCAACGACGAUAUCAUGCGCAUUACGCGCGCCGUGUCGGGCACAUACUGGUACUUCCCUCCCGCCGAGCAACUACGCAAGCUGCAGUGAUGGAGGAGGUGGCACGGAGAGGAGCGAUAGGGGAAGGGGGUGGUGCGAAGAGGAGAGAUGGAGGAGGGGGGCAUAGAAGGAAUAUAUGGGGAAGGGGUAGCGUAGAGGAGAAAGAGGGAGUGACGUGGAGGGGGGGGGGUACCGUGGAGCGAAGAAAUGGAGAGGGGGUGACACGGAGAGGAGAGGUGAGGGAGGGGCAGCGCAAA